AUGUCGUCUGAAGAUGUUCGUAUUGAAUCUCCAGAUGAUAAUGAAAGUAGUGGAAGAGAUUCAAUCUAUUUCUCAACGAUUCGAAGUCGUCACGCUGAUCACUUCUUUGCGGAUAUGCAUAAUCACAACACACAAAAUGAGAAAAAAGGAGUUAUCCGUUAUCUUGAAUACGAUCAAAUUAUAACACAAUCAAUGCGACCAUAUCCAAAUCUGCUUCUCAACAAACUUUCGUUUUCGAAAGAUUUGAGGUCAUCUUCUGAUAAAGCACUUCUCAGAUUACCAGUUCUGAAACAAGAGUUUCAUAAUGUUUCAUUCGAAUUAACAAGUGCGGAUGUAAUGGCAGUUAUGUAUACGAAAGAGUCUGAAAUGUUGAGUUUGCUUCGAGUGAUUUGUGGAAAAAGAGAUGCCAGAGGGAAACUAUCAGGAGAUAUUCAUGUGAAUGGACAUAGAAUGUCAAGGGAUAGACUGGAGAAGACCGUUGCUUUCGUGUCACUGGAAUCCCCGAUCUCUACUCUCACAGUUCGUCAAUACCUUCAUGUUCAUGGCAACUUUGAUCCACCAAUGACAGAAAGAUAUGGCGGAGUUGGGCAUUUGAUAAACAAACUAAUGACAGAUCUGGGUCUCAUUCCAGUUUGUGAUAUAAUUUGUAGUCGACUGAAUCGUUCUCAGUGGCAGAGAGUCAAAGUAGCAGCUCAAUUAAUCCGAGAUCCUACAAUAAUUGUGAUCUCUGAUAUUUUCAAAGAUGUCGAUGUGCAUGAUCAAUGCUUUCUCAUUGAUUAUCUCAGAGAAUGGGCAGUGAAAACGAAUCGAAUUGUUAUAAUGGCAAUUUCCCCAACAAGUAUUCAAGUUUUGAAGAUGUUUUCUAAAACAUUGAUCCUGGCUUCUGGGAGAGUUGUUUACUUCGGAGCGCCUAAAUCAAUGCAACAAUAUUUUGAAUCGGUUGGAUGCCCUUGUCCGCCACAUAAGAAUGUCUGCGAUUACUACGUUGAUUUGGUGACUCAUGACAAUUUAACAUCUGAUGCGUCCCGUGAAUCAUCAGUCAGAAUAGCAAGACUUGUAAAUAAAUGGAAUCAAACCGCCCCUCCUGUAAGAAGAACUGCAAGUGGGAAGUUUCUUCUUGAUCUCCCAUCGGCAGGGGUUAUAAUGAAACCACUCACAGUAUUGAGUCUCUUCUGGUUCAAUUUCAGUAAUAAUCAGACAUCUCGAAUCUUCUUUCUUCUCUUUGUUUUCUCUCUGUCAACUUUGCUUUCAUUAUUCCUAUCGGAUCUUUCACUCACUUUUCCUGAUGCUUUUCUGGAUAGAAAUUCAUUUCUCGAGUUGGUGACUCUCUACUACCCAUUGUUAAUCGGAUUGUUGGUACUGAAGAAAACCAUGGAGGAAUUAAACGAAGAUGAAGUGUUUGCCAAGUAUUAUGCAGCAAAAAAAGAGUUCAAAAAAGUGAAAAAGAACCUUUCAUUCAAUGAAAGAAUCGCACAGAUGGGUGGUGACAAUGGGAAGUUUUCAAGAAAAUUGACAGCAGAGACAACCUUCGAAACCUAUUUCGAAAGUGCCGUCGAUGAGUGGCGUGGAGAAGAUCAGGGUCCAGAUCUCGAAGCAUUUCUGAUGUCAAUUCGAGUGAAUGAAAUCAAAACAUAUGCUCAAUUACUACACAGAUCCGAUGAGAUCUUUAAUGUCCUCUGCGAACAUAUCACAAAACCAGGAUCAAGAUCAAUUCCUGCCUUAUGUGGGAUCUUGUCAGCUCUGGCACGAGAUCUUCGUGAGAAAUUCAACAAACAUUGUUGGAGAACAAUUGAGAUCCUAGUCAAUCUUCUUGAUCUUGGCGAAAGAGUUGCUGAGAAUAUGGAAGCCGCAUAUCUAUGUUUUUCCAUUCUUGUUAAAGUUCAAGCCAAUUUUCUGUCGAAACAGUUGAAGAAAUCUUUUACAAAUCUACUUCCAUUGUUCGCCAGCAGUCGAGACUUCGUUCGUCGUUUUGCCGCUGAAGCCUUCGCCUAUCUUCUCCGAAAAGCUACUGAUCUCCGUGCUAUUACCGGAUUUGUUAUGAAACAGGCAUUCAAAACACCUCACAAUUUUCUUUCCGAUGGAUGCGCUCUCCUCUUUUAUAAUACUUUUGUUGGAAUUGCUGGUAGUUUCCACAGUAAUUGUGAGCUACUAUUCAAAGAUAUUGCUCAUGCAUUGGUACAUGCUGAAGCUGACAACGCUGAAAAAUCAGAUGAAUUCCACGAGUUUUGUGUUGAAAUUCUGGUACAGAUGGUUGGAUAUACAAUUGAAUAUGCAAAACAUUCAAAUUACGAAAAAAGAUUCUUCUAUCAGAAUGUCCUGACGGCAAUGCUCGGAGAAUCAAAAACAAUGAAAGAGGCAAUCAGUCUCAUGCGACUUCUGCAACCUUGCAUUGUGUUAAAGAAUGACGAGUUAAUGAACGAGGUUACGAAAAAGAAGAAGAAGAAAGAAAAGGAGAAUAAGAAACAUAAAGGAAAGAAUGAACUCAAAACGGCAGAAAAGGUGGAAUUCGUUUGUGUUCCUGAGCUGAAGAAAAGUAUUGAGAAUGUUGUGAAUGUUGACGAUUUUGAAUUAGAACAAUAUUCCGUUCGAUUCAUUAGCGAAACACUACUUACAAUUUUCAAUGAUGAUAAAAAUCGUCUUUUCUCAAGAGAUAUCACUUUGAAAAUUGUUGAAAAGUCGAAAAACUAUCAAAUCGUCAUUGAACUUCUAUUGAGGACUAUCAACUUGGAAUCAUUCGAUCUUUAUAUGAUGCCAGCUCUCGGAAAAAUUGCAGCGGAAAUCGUUAAAGAGAACAAUCCGGACAGUAGUUUGACUAAACAGAUCGUCAGUUUCUACUCAAUUCUUUGUUCAACAAGACGACCGAUUAGAGAUACAGUUGAAAGAGAAUCCCGUUCUAACUUUUUCGAUCUCUCGAACCAUUAUGUCUUCAGAAAUUGGCUUAUUUCAAACUUUAAAGUCGAAAAUCGCCGGAAACUUGACUUUGAAAUUCUGGUUGAUAUGGCAGUUGCGUGGCCGUGGCUCUACUCUCAAUCUGAAACAGUGAAAGGUGCAGAAGAUGUUCUCGAUACUCUACAAGAAUCUAUUUCAUCUUCCAAUGACUCAAUUCUUAACAGCCAACUGGUUUAUGCGUGUACUGCUGGACUUUUCUUGACGAACAAAAGUUUGUUGGAAAAAGUAAAAAGUGAAGAUGUUGAGAAGUUUUUAGAACGUCAACACUGUUCAGAGUCAUCCCUUCUUUCAUAUGAACUAUUUGUUUCUGUCUACGGGGUUUCUGAAGAUGUUGACUAUAUGAACAAAACUGUCGAUCUUCUUUUCCCAGCCAUUCUCAGUUCUAACGGAGAAGUUCGCAAGACGGUCUUCAAAAUUCUUAUGAACUUCAAAUUACCUCUACCGAAAAUUGUAGAUGAUGAGCAGAAUGUUCAUCAGCAAAACAAAACAGUUUUUGAAGUUCUUUACGAUGCCGAGGACAGCGAAUUGACCAACUUCAGAGAGCGUUUACUCCAUUUCCGAAAGCUUCGACACGGUGAUCAUAAAGAGUUCCUUCCCGUUGGGUCAAGUGAAAAAGUGGAAAUGAUGAUUGUGGCAGAUAUGGCAUCUCAGUUCUUUGUCGGAUUUUCUCCUCUUUGGAAAGGUGUCUAUGAAGUAUUGGCGACUUAUGCAAGUGGAAUGAAUAUUGAUACAUUCUGGAAAGUACUGAAUUUAUGGAUCAGCAAUGUGAACGAUCAUAUCAAUAAAAAAGACAUUGAAAUUCAAAAUGGAAGACUUGUUGGCGUUGAUCAGACAAAUCGAUCCGACUUCGUGAAUGCAAGAAUCCAACUUUUCACUUUCUUUGAAACUAUCCCAGAUGUUGCUGAAAGAAGAACAAGAUUUAUCAGUCCACUUCUUCUUGGUCUUUAUGAAGAGUACAAGCGCUUGACCUCAUCCACUUCGAUUGCUUCUGUGACAACUGAAAACGAAGAUGAAGAAAAAUAUGACGGAGAUGACAAUCAAGACAUUUCGGAAGAAAUUGAAAAAAUACCUCAAAAUCAUUUCGAAAACUCCAAUCAGAAGCAAGAAACAAUAGUUGUUCUCAAAGCAUUGUCUGCUCUUUUGACAGUUUACGCCAAAUUCAAUGCUGCGAAAUCGGUUUAUAUGGAACCGAAACUUCUGGAAAUGUACGAACAACUGUUGGGAUCUCGAUAUGAAAGCAUUCAAAAGGCUGCUCUCGCUUGCAUUUUCUCAUACAGAAAUGCUAUUCUUGCAAACUAUCGAGAGAAUUUAGAGGCACUGAUCGACGAGAAGACGUUGAGACAAACACUUCCAUAUUUCAAAUUGUCUGAUGACGAAGGUGAUGUUCAAGUCGCUGAUGAACAUCGAGCUGUCGUUGUGCCAAUUCUUUUGAGACUUCUUAACGGAAAACUUCUCAUCAAUAAUAAACAAAAGGGAAUGAUUUCUCGACGAAAUGGAAUGAUUUAUAUUAUUGGUGGAUGCCGGAGCGAUGAGUUGACAUUCUUCCUACAGUUGUUUUUCGAGCAAAUUUAUAAACUAGUCGGUCAAGACGCGUCAUUUAAUGAAAUCGAAACAAAAUGCUCAAAAGAUUCGUUCAUGUCCACUCUGAAUAUCAAAGUCUUCCAAAGGUAA